GAGGGGCGCAGCGGUUGCUAAGUGCAGGGAGGAGACGGAUCCCGCGCCAGCAGCCCAGGGAAGGGGGAGGCGCGAGCGAGAGCGCGUGGGAGCGCGGAGGCCCGAGCCGGGAUUGGGAGCGAGCCGAGAGAGACGCCGGGGAGGCGCGCGGGAGCGAACGCCCGCUCGGGAGCCGGAGCCCCGCGGCACUGCGGCCGCGCCCUUGCCGGAGCCCUUGCGGCCGCCCAGUCCCGCUCCGCCCGCCGCAGCCACAGCUCCGGAGGAUGGAGGACUCCCGGGAGACGUCGCCGUCCUCCAACAACUCCUCGGAAGAGCUCAGCUCUGCCCUGCAGCUGUCCAAGGGCAUGUCGAUCUUCCUCGACAUACUGAGGAGAGCAGAUAAAAAUGAUGAUGGAAAAUUGUCCUUUGAAGAAUUCAAAGCAUAUUUUGCAGAUGGUGUUCUGAGUGGAGAAGAAUUACAUGAGCUCUUCCAUACCAUUGAUACACAUAAUACCAACAAUCUUGACACAGAAGAACUCUGUGAAUAUUUUUCCCAGCACCUGGGUGAAUAUGAGAAUGUGCUAGCAGCACUUGAAGACCUAAAUCUUUCCAUCCUGAAGGCAAUGGGCAAAACAAAAAAAGACUACCAGGAGGCUUCCAAUUUGGAACAAUUUGUAACUCGAUUUUUAUUGAAGGAGACCUUGAAUCAGUUGCAGUCUCUCCAGAAUUCUCUGGAAUGUGCCAUGGAAACUACUGAGGAGCAAACCCGUCAAGAAAGGCAAGGGCCGACCAAGCCAGAAGUCCUAUUGAUUCAGUGGCCUGGAAAGCGAUCAAGUCGCCGAGUCCAGAGACACAACAGCUUCUCCCCUAAAAGCCCUCAGUUUAGUGCCUGUGGUCCAGGCUUAUUAGAAGAAGAUAACCAGUGGAUGACCCAGAUCAAUAGACUCCAGAAAUUAAUUGAUCGACUGGAAAAGAAGGAUCUCAAACUUGAACCACGGGAAGAAGAAGUUAUUGAAGGGAAUACUAAAUCUCACAUCAUGCUUGUCCAGCGUCAGAUGUCUGUGAUAGAAGAGGACUUGGAAGAGUUCCAGCUUGCUCUGAAGCACUAUGUGGAGAGCGCUUCCUCCCAGAGUGGAUGUUUGCGUAUUUCCAUACAGAAGCUUUCCAAUGAAUCUCGGUACAUAAUUUAUGAGUUUUGGGAGAACAGCAGUGUGUGGAAUAGCCACCUGCAGACGAAUUAUAGCAAGACAUUCCAAAGAAGCAACGUGGAUUUCUUGGAAACUCCAGAACUCACAUCUACUAUGCUAGUUCCUGCUUCAUGGUGGAUCCUGAACAACUAGAUGUUCCUAGACAUUUUCUUUAUGGUUCCAAGUGCAAAACAAGUAUUCUUAUCUAAAAUGUGAAUUAGAAAAUUCUCUGCAGUUACU